AAUUCAACAGAAAUUGUUAUAAAGAUAAUAUAAAAAGGUUAAGAAAAUAUUACGAGCAGGUAUAGACAAAUUAUUGGAGUAGAUUUAUAACUUAUGUAUCAUUAAAUCACUUGUGUAUCAUUGUCGCGUGAAGAUUUAUUAAAAUUUGUAUUUUUUUACGAACGACAAAAUUAAUUUCUCGAAUCUACCGCGAUGCUGUUUUUGAAUACCUCACGGUAGAUGGUAGUCAGAUUUGUUUACUGAUACUUCAAACGGGUUGUCACAGUCACGCCACAAAUUUCGUCUACAAAUCGGAUCGUUGGGUUGGAAAGUUAAUUUUGAGAAGCAUGGAGAAACUCGAGAAACCUCAGAUAAUUUGUCACAUUGAGAAAUCAGUAAAUUACUCCUUAUUUGAUACAAAAUGGAUACCGUGCAGUGCGAAGUUUGUGGUAAUGGGUUCGCGACCGCGUGGUAGCGGUAUCAUACAAAUUUACGAAGUGUCUAAUGGAGAGUUAAAACUCAUUAAAGACAUCGAACGAUCACAACCAGUGAAAUGUGGAACUUUUAGAGCCUCCAGUUUAAAAGACAGAUAUCUGGCGGCUGGUGACUUUCAGGGUAAACUAAAUAUCUACAAUCUUGAAGAUCCUUCUAUACCAAUUUAUACCACCAAUGCUCACAAUGAGAUCAUAAAUAGUAUUGAUGGUGUAGCUGGACAGAGCAUUGGAUGCGGUGCACCUGAAUUAGUAACCGGUUCCAGAGAUGGAAGUGUUAAAGUUUGGGAUCCUAGACAGAAAGGACGCCCGGUAGCUGUAAUGGAACCUAAGGAAGGUGAAGCACGUAGAGAUUGUUGGGCAGUUACGUUUGGAAAUUCAUACAAUUCAGAGGAAAGAAUUGUAGCUGCUGGUUACGACAAUGGAGAUGUAAAAAUGUUCGAUUUAAAAGCAAUGUCUCUUCUGUGGGAGAGUAAUCUUAAAAAUGGUAUUUGUAGUCUGGAAUUUGAUAGGAAAGAUAUUCCAAUGAAUAAAUUAGUAGUGACCACUUUGGAAUCAAAGUUUUACUUAUUCGAUUUAAAGACACAACACCCUAAAAAGGGGUUCUCGUAUCUUACCGAAAAGGCACAUAAUUCAACAGUAUGGUUGGUCAGACAUUUGCCGCAAAAUCGCGAAAUAUUUGUUACUUGUGGCGGAGGAGGAAGUCUUUGCCUGUGGAAAUACAAUUAUCCAGAAAAAAGAAAAGUCGCGGACGCCGACGGUAUAGAACACGGAGUCGUGGGUAAUCUAAGUCUUCUACAAAAUACUACUCUUUCGUCCCAACCCGUUAGUUCUUUGGACUGGAGCCCGGACAAACAAGGACUGGCUGUUUGCACUGCAUUUGAUCAGUGUAUAAGAGUCAUUAUCACCACGAAACUCAAUACUUUCUAACGAAACGUUUGAAAUCGAUUGUAAACGUUACGUGUCAUCGUUUAACCAUAUAUUGUUAAUCUAGAAGUUAAAGAGAAACGUCGAUGGAGGCUUUUUGCCUUUUGUCGUUGCAGCAUCAAUUCCACACGCUUGUAAAUAUCGAUUGUCCUAAUUUAUACAAUUUUUCUAAUCGGUUAAUAGUAUAAUAAAUCACUUCAGAAACGAAAUCAUUGUAUUACUCUAAUAUCAAAAUUUAAAAAAAAAAAAUUGUAUCCGACUUCUGUAGUAUCGUCAAGAACUAAAUAAAAGGAUACGGUAAGUAGCGUUCAAUUUAUCCAAGUGCAGACCGUAAAGUAUAACUUCACGGCGACACCGAGAGCUGGCAGUACUUUCCUAGCCUACGAUUAUCGAUUUCUCUCCGUCUCCAUUGGUCGCUGGCGGUUGUAAACGUUGCGCAACCUACCACGGGCGGCCAAAUAAAAACGAAUUACAUGUCAUUGGGCCAAUCUAUUUAGGAUCAGACCCUUAUUAAGUGGGCAGCCAUGUUGCAGAGCAAUGCGUUAUGCAAUCCACCGCCAUGUUGGCGAUGUGGACGAGCCCACGCCAAGUGCACUUAUGCCAUAUUGUUCGAGCCAGCCUCGAUCGGUUCACAUUUAGCUGUACAAGGUCAGGCAUACCGUGAGUUUAAUUACAUAAAUUAGCUCUUGGUUCUUCCCCUUCUGGCGAUGCCUAACGUUCGCUCCUAUGAAUUGGAUCGCUUACUUCGCCUUUGGCUGCGUUCUCCAAAAUGGCGUUUCACGCGCGCAACGCAAGGAACUAUAUUCUAAUAUUCGACCUGCACGCUUCAAUGCUAUUUGAAACAUAUCAAGUAUAUUUAUUGUUGAAACGAAAGGGUUUGCAUCAGUUUCUGAAAAGCGACUACUUAACUACUACUUGGUUCGAUAAAAUUCAAUAACGUAUCCAACCAUUUACCAUUUCCAUUUAGUUAUCGAAUGCAGUCGAUAAUCCGCAAUGCAGUCGACUGAUUGCUCGGGGAAUUUCCCGUUCUGACGCCAAGGGAAGAAAUUACGUUGAAGAAGGCGCAUAGGAAAAUUUCGUUUAGAUUUU